AUGGGGCUGGCGGAAGCUAUAGAGCAUGUCUUGGAGCUCCGAGGGAGCUUAAGAGGAUGCUCCAAAACACCCUGCAACGCUCCCUUCCCACCCAACCAUCCCCUCAUCCCUGACCCAUCAAGCUCUGCUCCUGCUUGCUGUUUCCCUGCCCCUCUUGCACCCACUCGCACAGUCACACCACAGUCUCUCUCUUUCACCUACCCCCUCUCCCCUUACGCCUCCAUUUGCCUGUACCCACCCCCCAUCCCCUUAUCCCCUCCCUUUCCCCUUACCCACCCCCCGUCCUCUUACCCCCUCCCUUUACCCGUACCCAUUUCAGCUUUCCCCUCUGCCGUGACCCGUCCCGCCACUUCUCCCCGUCAAGUCCACGCGGUUACAUCGGAAUGGCUGGGCCUGCGAUGGGCAGGCAUCACCACAGGUGUCCAGCCUGCCGAUGCCUGCGCUGCGCCGCAUCUCGCUGGGAUGAUCACGGACGCUCUCCCUCUGAGCGUGGGCGCACUGAUUGCCAAAGCACUAUCCCUCCACAUGUCCCCCCUCUCCACUACGCGUCCAUCACAGUGGUCCAAUCCGCCUAUCCUGCACCAACCCCCUGCUCUCCCUCCGCCCUCUAGGAGUUGGGGAGGGCCGAAGCUAGAGCAGCUGUUGUCAUUGCGUUCGUGGCGGCUCUCUCCAACUCCUAGAUUUGCUGCGCACCUGCUUCCUCCUAAUCCGACUUCUGCUCCAACCGACUCGUGCCCCUCCAACUGCGACGAAAUAGAUGGCCUGAUGGUUCGGCUUGUGGGACUCGGGGCGAGUGGCAGUGCCGUGAGGCAUGCCAGUGAGGUGAGUCAGAAGCCAGUGUGCAGUUCAAGUGGUGGGAUGCGUUCAUCUAAGGCUGUGGUCCCUCUCAGCCCAGUCUGUGGGUCCACUGCUGUGAGUGAUGGUCUCCUCACCCUCAAUCUCUCCCCACCGGGCUCCGUGUACAGGUACCUCUCUCAUCUCUGGCCUUUCUCGCGCGCGUUCCUUCUUCUCCCCAUGGUGCACUCCCACAUCAUGCGCAUGGCGCAUAAGUGUCCUGGCGAUCCUCCUCCUCACGGGGCUGUGGCGAUCGAUGAGCACCCAUCGCUCUACACCUGCCUUCAUAUCCUUCCUUUUCCGGGCUUAUCCGGGGGAUGA